UUGCGUUCGAAGUAAAGUUAGGUUUCAUUUGCAAGUUGCAACCUGUCAAAUCCGAGGACAGCUGUGAGACCGUCAACACCGCCUAGCAUUUCACGUAGAAAGAAGAUGCUGUAUUUCAUAAGCAUGGAGACACAUGGAGAAAGAUCCCUUCUCAAAGAUCUCUGAAAAACAUCAACAUUAGGAAGAAUGAAUUUUUGUGAUCAGUCCAUCACUUCACAUCCUUCCCUUUAACUAUUUGCGUGCACUUUGGCAGGCCUCAUUCAGCCUCCCCUCCACCUCCCUAACUCACACACUCUACCGGUGACCCCAACACUGCUCCUGCAGGCUGGGUACGGAGCUGGUCUGGCCGCGUGCCCCUCCAGCUCUGCGUGUUGGCGUGAGAUGGCGCGGCAGGAAGCAGAGGGUUGCUUCCGCUGUGGACUGUAAUGUCAGAGCCCAGCAGCCCCGGCGAGAGCCAGCGCGGCGCUCCCAGAUUCUUCGUGGGCUGCGCGGAGGAUGAGAGCGAGGGCCUGGACGACUACGCCAGCAUGAGGACAGACAUGGAGCUGUACGAAGACGACCUGGAGGAUGAUUCGCCUCCAGAGCGUCAGAUCGUGGUGGGGAUUUGCUGUAUGAUGAAGAAAUCUAAGUCCAAACCCAUGACUCAGAUCUUGGAACGUCUUUGCAAGUUUGAGUACAUCACAGUGGUCAUCUUUCCAGAGGACGUCAUACUCAAUGAGCCGGUGGAAAAGUGGCCGCUCUGUGACUGCCUGAUCUCAUUUCACUCUAAAGGCUUCCCCCUGGAUAAGGCAGUGAGUUACGCAAAGCUCCGUAACCCGCUGCUCAUCAAUGAUCUUAAUAUGCAGUAUUACAUACAGGAUAGGAGGGAGGUGUAUCGUAUCCUGCAGGAGGAGGGGAUAGAUCUGCCACGCUAUGCCGUUUUAAACCGCGACCCUGACAAACCUGACGAGUGUAACCUGGUUGAGGGAGAAGACCAAGUUGAAGUUAACGGCGAAGUCUUUCUAAAACCAUUCGUAGAGAAGCCCGUUUCUGCCGAGGACCAUAAUGUGUACAUCUACUACCCAACUUCAGCUGGGGGAGGCAGCCAACGCCUCUUCAGGAAGAUUGGGAGCAGAAGUAGUGUUUACUCUCCAGAGAGCUGUGUGAGGAAAACUGGCUCCUAUAUAUAUGAAGAGUUCAUGCCAACUGAUGGAACAGAUGUGAAGGUGUACACAGUAGGGCCAGAUUAUGCUCAUGCAGAAGCUCGUAAGUCCCCUGCACUUGACGGGAAAGUUGAGCGAGACAGUGAAGGCAAAGAAAUCCGCUACCCAGUCAUGCUCACUGCCAUGGAGAAGCUUGUGGCCCGUAAAGUGUGUUUGGCAUUCAAGCAAACAGUGUGUGGAUUCGACCUCCUCCGAGCCAACGGCCACUCGUAUGUGUGUGAUGUCAACGGAUUUAGCUUUGUGAAGAAUUCCAUGAAAUACUAUGACGACUGUGCUAAGAUCCUGGGAAAUAUUGUAAUGAGGGAGCUGGCUCCUCAGUUCCAUAUCCCAUGGUCCAUACCUACAGAGGCAGAGGACAUUCCUAUUGUACCCACCACAUCAGGCACCAUGAUGGAGCUGCGCUGCGUAAUAGCUGUGAUCCGUCAUGGAGAUCGUACACCAAAGCAGAAGAUGAAGAUGGAAGUGCGGAAUCCCAUGUUUUUUGAACUUUUUGAACAAUAUGGUGGAUAUAAAACGGGCAAGCUGAAGCUAAAGAAACCCAAACAGCUCCAGGAAGUUCUGGACAUUACCAGGACACUCUUGACAGAUAUAGGACAGCAUACUGACUGUGAAGUUGAGGAGAAGAAGUCCAAGCUUGAACAACUGAAGACUGUUCUAGAAAUGUAUGGCCAUUUCUCUGGAAUCAAUAGGAAAGUGCAGCUAACCUACCUUCCUCAUGGACAACCCAAAACAUCCAGUGAGGAGGAAGAUACCCGUAAGGAGGGUGCCUCUAUACUCCUGGUGCUAAAGUGGGGAGGAGAGCUGACUCCAGCAGGCAGAGUUCAGGCUGAAGAACUCGGCAGGGCUUUCCGCUGCAUGUAUCCUGGAGGUCAAGGGGAUUAUGCUGGCUUUCCAGGCUGUGGUCUGCUCAGGUUGCACAGCACCUACCGACAUGACCUCAAGAUCUAUGCCUCGGACGAGGGCAGGGUGCAAAUGACUGCUGCUGCCUUUGCAAAGGGUCUCUUGGCACUGGAAGGGGAACUGACACCCAUCCUGGUCCAGAUGGUAAAGAGUGCAAAUAUGAAUGGCCUGCUGGAUAACGAUAUUGACUCCCUCAGCGGCUGUCAGCAGAGGGUUAAGGCCAGACUUCAUGAGAUCAUGCAGAAAGAUCAAAUCUUCACAGAAGAAGACUUUGACAGGCUGGCUCCGACAUGCAGCAGCUCUCUGGUGAACUCUAUGAAGGCUGUGGAGAAUCCAGUGAGUAUGUGUGAUCAGGUCUACACCCUUGUCCAGAGCCUCACCUCACAGAUCCGCAAAAGACUUGAAGACCCCAAAUCAGCAGAUUUACAGCUGUACCACAGCGAGACACUGGAGAUGAUGCUGCAGCGCUGGUCUAAGUUGGAAAGAGACUUCCGCAUGAAGAGCGGCCGCUAUGACAUCAGCAAGAUUCCUGACAUUUAUGACUGUGUUAAGUAUGACGUCCUGCACAACAGCUCCCUGGGCCUGGAGGACACAGGGGAACUCUUCAAGCUCUCUCGAGCUCUAGCCGACAUUGUCAUACCUCAGGAGUAUGGCAUUAAUAACGUGGAAAAGCUGGAAAUUGCAUAUGCCUACUGUCUGCCUUUAGUAAAGAAAAUUCUACUGGACCUUCAGAGAACACAUGAGGACGAGUCUGUAAACAAGCUGCAUCCUCUAUACUCACGUGGAGUGCUGUCACCAGGCAGGCAUGUCCGUACUCGGCUGUAUUUCACGAGUGAGAGUCACGUCCACUCCCUGCUUAGCAUCUUCCGUUAUGGCGGCCUAUUGGAUGAGGAGAAGGACCAGCAGUGGAAGAGAGCCAUGGAUUAUCUAAGUGCAGUGCCUGAGCUCAACUACAUGACCCAGAUCGUCAUUAUGCUCUACGAAGACAACAACAAGGACCCAUCCUCUGAAGAGCGCUUCCAUGUGGAACUGCAUUUCAGCCCUGGGGUCAAAGUAUCUGAGGAGGAGAGCGCUCCAAUGGGAUUUGGGUUCCGUCCAGCCUCUGCUGAAAAUGACCAAAAGCAAACAGACCCUGGUAGUUUGGAAAAUCUUGCCCGAGAUGAGCACGACCGUGCCUUGCCCCUUUCGGAGGCCAUCAGCACCCAGAGGAAAUCCCCUCUGAUCCGGAAUCGCAAGACUGGCUCCAUGGAGGUCCUAUCGGAAAGUUCAUCCUCUAAAGGGGGCAGCUAUCGCCUCUUCCCCUCCUGCUCACGUCAGUCUCCAGAGAUGAAGCAGAGCGGAUUAGGCUCUCAGUGCGCUGGUCUCUUCAGCACCACCGUCCUGGGGGGCUCCUCUAGUGCCCCUAACCUUCAGGACUACGCACGCACACACCGCAAAAAAUUCUCCUCAGGCAGUUUGACCUAUAAAGACGGAAUCCAAAAAAGUUUGAAGCAAAAACAUGAGUUGUUGUCUAUGCCGGCAGUAAAGCGAUUUUCUGUGUCGUUUGCAAAGCAUCCGACUAAUGAAACCCUGGAAGAGCAUCAGGUAGCCCAGCUGCUGAGGCGCUUUUCCAACGACCCCAAUAUUGGCCACCCGUUCUGUUUGGACAGUGCUUUUGCCCACCACCUCCAUCAAUGCUCCUACCAUCUCCGCCUCUUCCGCAACUGGUUAAUCUCUGGCCAGGACCCGCUAGAGUACCUCUACGGUUUUGAAGGCUGCUCCAUGGUGCCCUCCAUCUACCCCCUCGAGACCCUCCACAAUUCGCUCUCUCUAAAACAAGUCAACGAGUUCCUGACCGCCGUGUGUGAGAAUGCAGGAGAUUCCCACACCAGGACAACCAGAGCUUUCUCAGGCAUGUUUGACUCCCAGAAUCACCCCACAGGGGAAUCUUACAUGCCUCACAGAGUGCUCUGCUCCUCUGUUUCAAUGCGCCAGCGCUCUGAUCGGCCGCCCUGGUACAGCAGUGGUCCCUCAAGUACAGUGUCGAGCGCCGGCCCCUCGUCUCCCACCACGGCUGACACAUCUCCUCGCUUCAGCUUCAGUGAGAAGAUCACGCUCACCCCGCAGAGCAGCGAGGAGAUCCACCCGACCCCUCACAACAACAGCCACUGUGUCUCUUCCACAUUUGAAACCAGCCUCCCCUCUGAAGACCCCCUCCUUUCCAUACCAUCUCCCAUCCCGGAGAAACCCAGUGAAAUAGAAGUGGACGGCACAGACUCUGCUGGCCAGUGUCUGACAGAGAGCCCCUGCCGUGAUGAAGUGUCAAAUCCGGCCCCUGCGGAGCUCACUCCUCCUUGCUCUCUCUUGGCAGACGGUUCGCCGCUGACGGAGUCCUCUUGCGGGAUGCCCGGCUCCCUGCCUGUGCUUCUGGAGCUCAGAGAGAGCAGCUCAGAGGCCGGCUCCAGCGCCCAGACCCCGCUCACGCCCGACGAGCCGGAUGAGUUCUUUGAUACACAGGAAACGGUUGAUGUUUGGGGGGGGAGCCCGGAGACCCUGCCACACCCUGGGACGCCACUGGAGGUGGGAGCUCCACAUGUGCCUGAGCCGUGAAGGAAACGCUCCCCCAUAUACAUGCGUCCUUCGUCCCAUCCCAGCUUGCUCUCGCUGUAGUGCCUCAGACCUUCAUAAAGUCCCAAGCAAGUCAAAGUGGGAUUCCCCUAUGUAAUUUAAGGGAAUAAAUGGACUAAGGUGACAAUCCCUGCGAUUGUCACCUUUCGAACUUGAAGAUCAAAUGCUCCUGUUACAAAAUCUUGAUAAACUGUCCUUGUGUUUAAUUCUGUAGUGUUAUUCAGAGAUGCUUCCCGCGUAAAGCAUCACUCUAGUCCUAUGGCCAGUGAGCAAACAUAAGCUGUUAGACGCACUGAAACGUUUUUAUGUGCACAUAUUAUCUUCCUCGUCUCCAAACGACUGCAUUUUUGUUUCUUCAUUAGCUGGUCUGGAAGAUAUUUUUCAAAGGGACGUGAUAUUUGAUACUAGUUUGUGUUUGCUAAAGUACUUAGUCAAGCUUUUGAAUAAUGAACUUACACAGCUAAAUGCAUAAAAAAGGGAUAGUUCACCCAAAAAUUAUCGUUUCGUUCUAAAACCAUAAGACUGGCCCUUGACUCCAAGUUUCUGGCUCUCCAUUGGAAACUUUGAUGCCUUAAAAAGGUCAUAAAGAUGUUUUAAAAGUAAUCCAUAUGAAUGAAUCGAGUGAAUCAAGUCUUCUGAUGAAACACGAUCACUUUAUAUGAUGAACAGAUUUCGUUUAGGCAUUUAUUCACACAUAAACAUUGAUCAACACGCAUACAUAGAGCACAUCAAAUAUGUUAAACGGAAGCUCAAGCUGUAUUUUAGUGAAAUAUCGUUGGUUCAAGCACGUUUGAGCUUUCAUUUUCCAUAUUUCAAUACAUAUUGAGUACGGUAUGUAUUACUCAAUGUUAAUGUAAACAAAAGCCUAAAUUCAGUCUGUUCAUUACAUAAAAGAAAUCAUGUGUUUUUAGAAUACUUGCCAAUAUUUAUAAGAAGUGAAAUUUACUUUCAAUGAAGGGAGAUAUCUCAAGUUUAAUUAAAAAUACCUUAAUUUGUGUUCUGAGGAUUGGAACAUGAGAGUGAGAAAAUGAUGACACCAUGUUAUUAUUAUUAUUAUUUUUUUAGUGAACUAUUCCUUUAAAUUAACGCUACCAUUUUAUUACUGUUUGCCAAAGCUUGCUAUACCACUGUCAUAAUUUAUUAAAUCAUUAUAAAAUACAUAUAUAUUUAGUCUAUAUAUAUAUAUAUAUAUAUAUUUAUUGACUAAUACGCAGCUUACUUUUAACAAUGAAACUGCAAAUGAGAAAGUCUCGUUUUUUAUAUAUUUUAGUUUUUAUUUUUGUAAAACAUACAGUGCUCUCACGGUUUUGAAUAAUGAAAUAGUGGUCUUCAUUUUAACUACCUUUCUCUCGCUUCACCUUUUUGACAAAUGAAAUGCUUUUUUGUACCGUGACCCUUUGAGAUCGUGUACUGAGAUUACCAUGACACACAAAAAUGACACACUUUAAAAAAAAAGGGAGAGAGAGAGAGAGAAAGAUGCUUCUUUUCAGAAGCAUAUACUGUACUGUUUUUCUUUUGGUUUUGAUAGUGGAUGUUGUUUACUGAGCAUGCAGAAUGUGUAUGUAAAAGUAACUUGCUCUCUCUGACGUAGGACCACUGAGCUUGCAAGACCUCUAGAAUCUAGAGACGAGCAUUUCACUUCCAACCUCCAGCAGUGUCUGUGAAUUAUCCCACUCGGGUCAGAUAACAGCGAAGCACACUGAACCCACUUACAACUGUUUCUAUAAUCACUGACAUAUUAAAACUCAAACGUGUCGUACUGUUGGUGCUGUAUGCCGUCUGUGCUGUAGUAUUAAAUGCCACUUUGAUUUAGUGUUUCAAAUAAAAAUGGCAUUGUCUACAGAAAACAA